AUUAAUUCACGAUCACAGAGGGAAAAAAAGAAGUACACACAGCAAACAACACGAUACAGACUACAGACCACCUAAAUGAUAUUUGCAUUUAUUCCUUGCUUGUAAUUUUUUAAGACUUUCGCAAAAAUACCAACGAUUUAUCCUCCUUUCUCCGACGAUCUCCCACCAACUGUUCGCCCACCGCCAUAUCUGCAUCAUUUGACUCUCAUUAUUGCGUUGUCUUGCAUUGCCCAGAAACCAACAGCUCCUCAUUCAAUUCAAUGUCUUUCCACGCCAUGGUCAACGCCGCGGAGGGCCCUCACUAUUCCAUGAGAGCCUGCUAAGAAACAAAAAGGUCUGGUGGUUUCCACGGCUUUGGAAUUGCUGAUUAGAUAUAUCUCUAUACCAGUAUCAGCAUACUGGGCUUUUAAACUACCGGAACCACCAUGCUGGGCAAGCUUUUUAACCUCACCGCGGGAACGGCCGGGGGAUCAAAUUCGCAAGAGGGUACACCUCCAAUUAGGCCAUCGCCAGAAUCAGUGCAGGAAGAAAUCCAUACCCGGAGCCUCCUGUUUCCAGAUACCCAGGCACUUUACUAUCGCCAGGACCAGGUGUUUCCAUUACCGUCUGCUCCCGGUGUCCAGUCCGGCGCUUCCGCAAACCCUUUCGAUUAUGAUGGCGAUAUCGAUAUUGAUGUGCGCGACGUUCGCGUUAUAAUUAUGCAGGAUACCUUGGGUUCUGUCAGUCCCUCUUUAUUAUUUGAUAGUCAACCCGCUCCAUCGGCUGGUUCACCAGUUGAUCGGCCACAACCACCGAGUGCAACUUCAUCCUCGCAGUCGCUUAUGCAGGAUCUCCGACGAGUCCCCACGUCACCAAGGAAAGGUAGUCUUGGACAAUCCUCCUCCUCCAGGCCAUUGGUAAUUCAACCGGGAAGUCCUCAGCCACGACAUGGUGCAUUUGAUCGACGAGGGUCUAUCCAGUCCCGCACUUACAGUGCAGUGGAAACCGAAUCCCAAAAGGCUACUCGGGAAUAUCGUGAAGAGCUCGCUAGUUUUUCGAGCUGCAUCUUUGCCAACUCCGAAGUCAUGUCCUACAAGGGAACAUCCACCAAGGUCCACAUUAUCCCAAGCGAACCGCGACCCCCUGCUGUUUCCAGCUCCUAUAUGGGUGAUGGUCGAGGCUCAAUGGGCAGGUCAAGUAUGCGGUCAAGCCGGCUUGCACAGUCUUUUACCUCCGAGUCGGCAAACACACAAUUUCAAUCCUUUUCCGCGCCUCCUCGACAACAAGACCGUAACAAGAUUCUUGUCACUCGUUUAUUCCCGGUCAAUCUACCGAAUGAUGACCCUGACUCGCCUAAUCAAACCUCGACUCCUGGUGGCCGCUUUUCCGAGGACAGUGGCGGAUUCCCAUUUCCCUACUCUCCAGAUGAUUCGAAGCCAACCAAGAAAAAGUCGAAACCCGUACAGAAGAGGACGCCAAUGUACGCUGUUGCAUUGGUACUUCAACUCCCUCCAUGCGCAUCCAGCGUCGCACCAGCAACAAUGCCAAAGCCCGUGUUUCGAGGCCCCAGCUCUUAUACCGAGCAAGAUCCCUUUCCUUCCUCUUAUGGAUCCGCACGUCGUUCAGGUUGGACGAUGAUAGGGGCCGGUUUUGGUUCCGAGUCGUUUGAAUCGACGUACAGUAACGACGUCGAGGACCGUAUGGAUGCGAUAACCCAACACUGGGACAUCAUUAUGAGAACGCUCACUCAUCUCCAAUCUGUCGUCGCCACCACAUUAACCCCGAUGCUUAGGCAGGCGGAUUUAUCGGCCCCGGAUCCGUACCCCUCCAGUAUAUCUGCUCAUAUGGCCCGAAAUUCAUCUGUAAAGGGCCGAAGAGGUUCGGAUGCCUCUCAGAUGAAGCCCUCUAAAACGAACGCAAAGCUAGUGGCGCUUCCACCGAGCUGCUUAGCCCAAGAUCAACGUAUAAGCCAAGAGAUAGAGGAUGCAACAAUACGGAUCGUCUCAGGGCUUCGAGCCUCGAGGGUUGUUACCGGACAGGGUCGCUGGGGGCCGUGGAGGGAAGAAGCACGAUGGGUGGCGAAAUGGGCCGGAAGUAAGGAGCAAGGAUUCUUCUUUUUUAACUUGAUGACAGCUUUCCUUGCGACACACACCGAAUGGCUCCAAGCACUGAGCCCAGUCUGGUAUCGAAGAAAGCGAUAUCAACAACAGAAAGUGAAAAACGAAGAGGAUACUUCCCUACCUUCGCGCACAAUCAUAGUUGCAAAGGACAAGAUGGCUGCUAGGAGACUAGUUUUUCUCCUUUCAGCCUUCCUACCUGCUAACCAACAAUUACCAACGGUUCGUGCUCAACGCCCGGCAACCUCUGCCUCAGUUGCUGCCUUCGGCCAUUCACCGCCAUCGUACAUAGUACCCAUUAACAAAGAAGAGUCUCUGCGUCGUAAAAUAAACCGGCGACAAGGGCCUAGAGGUGCUUCCCACACUCGAAGUUUCAGUAUUCAAUCACAAGCUACGACAAGGUCGGCAACGGGCAUCCCCGCACAGCUCGCACACCUUAGUAUGGAGUCGUCUAACCACGAGCGUCGAUCGUCCGACUUCAUCAAGCCCGCAAAUUUGCCUAUUGCUGGAAAUGAUAUAAAUACUCGAAAGAGUAGCGCCGCAACAGCUAAUACUGUAGUUCCCGAUUCGGCGGUUCCUCACUUUUCUACGAUGCACCGAAAUGGCACGAGCCGCGGCGCUAGGCCCAACAGUAGUAGUAGUUUCGCCGCAGACGACUUAAAGCGAUCGCUUAAGAGAGGCGACAGUAUCAGCCACGCGAGCCACGCGAGCACAGACUCCCGCCAAAGUUCGCGAUGGGGUAGUGUAAUUAGCGGUCUGUGGAGUACCAGGCGCCGAGAUUCGACCGCUACUACGUCACAAACUCUAGAUAUGCCCGGUCAUAACGACAGCCCGCUCUCAUCACCCACAAAAGUGGUGGCUGGUGGGAGAGAUAAACUGGCAGAAAUGGUUCGCGAAGUUGAGCCUCUUGAUACGUCUGCAGGCCAACAAGUGGAUGGCAACCGCGCAUCCCUUCAACAGCCCGAUACUCCGCGAAGGUUAGAAAACAGGCAGUUUGAGCCUCAACCGAGGACCCCGGAUCCUCUAGGCGCCUACGAAUCCCCAGUGAAAACGUCCAUCAAUAAUGACGAUGGGGUGAUCGAUGUCGACGUUCAAUUUCCGGAUUACCUUACAUCCUUUGAGACUGCAGUUAGUUCUCCGUCUAGUAGCGGCUACCUGUCAACCCCCGGCCUGGGCAGUGGACUUGACGGCUUCGAACAGUUUUCUAGGCUAGCUAUUGAUGGCGAUGUCCCCUUGAAUGUUGCUGGAUGGCUGAAGCGUUUUCACCCCGACUUCACUCUGCAGGCAAUCCCGCCACAGAAGAGCCUUCUAGAUGAGGUGCGGGAAUCAUUGGCAGCGGAACCAACGCCCAUAGUUCAUCUUAGCUCCAUUCCGGAAGAAUGGCCCACCGAACACUGGGUUGACGUCAGUACCGCUAUCAUUGCCGAUACGACUAACUUCAGUAUCAAGCGACUUCGAUACCGCCGCCUAGUGAAGCCUAAGAUGCCGGUAGAUAAAAAUAAUGGCAGUUAUUUGACGCCAUAUGGUUCAUCGUUGAUGACACCAGCAAUAUCACCCUACGAGCAGCCUAUCAAAGACAAGAUCGAGGAAGAGGAUUUAUUCACCUUUGACGAAGCUCUCGUCGACGCUGUGGAGAGAGUCAUUGCUCAUGAUAGUAGUGCAAGCAAAGGAAGCUCAACUGCGUCUUCCCGAUCCGCUAGUAAGCUUAGAGGGAGGCGAGAUAGUGAAGUUUCUCAAAUGACCGAGCAAGAGACACAAGCGUGUCAAAUAGACUUCCACGAAGUACCUCGCUCGGAGUGUAAGACAGUUGUUCUGUCUGCAUUAUCGAGUAUCGUACAGGAAGUAGUAGACGAACGUGAAAGGGAAAACCAUGAGGCAAACCCGAAUACACCCUACAAAAUAAUCCGCGAGAGAGAAAGCAUACUACGCACAGCCGCUCGAACAUGGCUCGAGAGCGUAGAGCUUACCGAUCGGUAACCACCGAGUCUCUGAAGUUCAGCCUCCGCAAGGACACCUAUCUUCUGUGUCCUAUGGAUGGGUUUUAAUGACGAAUGACAUAUAACGACUAAUUUCUAUUAAGUUUCGUGUUUUAUUUGCCUGGGAGGCAACAUAGCAGAGCAUGGCGUUGCGAUGGAGAAAGCACCAUUAUGUAACACCACGAAUGUUUUCAAUUAUAAGGGGCGUGGAGAUUAGAGGAGAUUUUCGCCAAGAGAUACCCCAAUAAGCAUGCAUAUCAUAUUUCGAGGAAGGAUUAGUUUUACGGCUGCAUCAUUCUAUUCUAGUUCGAACACAUAGCCUUUCAUCGGUGGGGGGAUGUAGUGUUGAUAACUUGAAAGUCUUUUCUUCGUUGACGGGUUUAUUAGUGAGUGAUGCGGGCUAGAUACGACAAGGGAGAGAUGUGGAAAUGACCUGUUCAACAUGGAAGUGUCUUUUCAUAGCUUAACACUGGGUGUUCGGAACCGAGAGUUAGAGUGUUACCAUAGAACCCGC